CAGUCUUUUGUUAAGGGCAUAGGGAUCAUUUCACAACACACCAAUUAUCAGUUUCGCAUCGAUUUCUACUGCCAUCGCACUCGGAACAGCAGUGCUCAAUUACUGGGAAGACUUUCUCGGCAUGGCUCUUCGCCCACGCGUUUGCAAACCCCAAGUCCUGUGAAAGAAGACUACAUGGAACACUAUUCUCUACUGGCCGUCGAUAUGCUGGAGCUGGACCAUCGCCUCUUGCAUCUUUCUCCACCAAUGAGAGCCACAAUACCAUCCCACCCCUCCCGAUUCCAUGAGACCAUGUGAUCCGGAGCGGUCUGGAAACCUGCCGCUCGCCUACAGUGCGUUAUUGUGGUAAACAGGUACAGAGAAAUGGCACUCCGCAAGACUGGCAAACUCGCGGCUCUUCCCGAGCGCACGGAGUGAGGACUGGAUGUAAUAACUUCGGUGUGUCACUCGAAUGGGAUAUAUGCUUUAUGCCUCAUUUCUGUUUCUCAAAACCACCUCUUGCGUCUUCUUUAGUUUUCUUUGUAUUCUUCUCUUGGCUGUUGUAACAUCUCACUCACCGAUCACCCGUUGUAAUUUCCUCUCGAUACCACUCCUGGCAUUGCCUUCUACACCUCAGCACUCAGACCUCUCUCAAUCCGCAUCUGCACCCUCUUGCUUCGGGCGGAUCCUCCGGUCAUCCAGAAACGACUGCUUCAUGGGGCACACUCCUUCAGUCGGAAAAUGUCCCUCUCUCGGCUUCUAGGCGCACCAACGAAGUUGAUAACAUUAGGACCAGGGCUGUCGUUGCGCGUCUGUGAACUGUGUCGGGGGAACUGAGAUGGGUGUCUCGGUGGCGGCGGCCCUACGCGAGCCCCCAAGUCCGCACCAGUGGAGCCGGAUAGUGGGACACUGGGUAUGGAUUGCGGUCUUGUCAUUUCUCGCCACUUUUCCGGUACAACAACUUGGCGCUUUUCCGUCUUCUCUCAGCGACUGUCAGACACCAACUGGAUGGAAUUGCUCGGGUGAUGAUGAUCGGGACACGGAUCUCUUCCUUUGUGACACCAACACUUGCAAGUUUGACGGCGAGUGUCUCAGAAUCGGGGACAUCAUAACAUGUAUAUGCAACUUCAAGUGCAACAAUGACUAUGUUCCUGUGUGUGGCUCCAACAAUGAAAACUAUGAAAAUGAGUGUUUUCUGCAAAGAGAUGCCUGCAAACAGCAGACUGAAAUCCUGGCGGUCUCUGAAGGAUCCUGCCCUGCCGAUGCUGGUUCUGGAUCAGGAGAUGAAGCAGGGAACGAGGGUUCUGCAGAGAAUGGACAAAAGGAGACGUCCACCUGUGACAUUUGCCAGUUUGGGGCGGAGUGUGAUGUGGAUGCGGAAGAUGUCUGGUGUGUCUGUAACAUUGACUGCUCCCACAUCAGUUUUAAUCCAGUGUGCGCAUCAGAUGGCCGUUCUUAUGACAACCCCUGCCAGGUGAAAGAAGCGUCAUGUCAGAGGCAGGAGCGAAUCGAGGUCAAGUUCCUGGGUCACUGUCAGGGCGACAUGAUUACAGGCACUAAAGCAGGAGAUGGACAAUAUGCUAGGACAGACUACACAGAGGAGAAGCCUGAAGUUUCAGAGGUGGCACGAGGUCUUUACAUCCCUUGUCCUGACCACUAUAAGAAUUAUUGUGUUCAUGGAGACUGUGAAUAUCCUAACAUGCUCUCAACACCGUCAUGCAGCUGUCACUCAGGUUUCAGUGGUCCGCAGUGUGACACUAAGGAAUAUAAUGUUCUGUAUGUGGUGCCUGGCUCUGGAAAACUACGCUACGUCAUCAUCGCCUCUGUCAUUGGAGCUCUGCAGGUGGCCAUCAUAUGUGUAGUGGUGCUGUGGAUCACCCGAAAGUGCCCACGGACCAACAAAGUCAACCGACAGAAGCAGAACACAAUGCACUACAACUCGGAAAAUACCCUGCGGGCCUCCACCCGCCUCAUCUGAGUGCUGGGAGCAAUCGUGAGAAGAGAAUCAUGGGAAACAUGGACAGAGGACAGAAAAUAAGCUCUCCGUCCCCACACAGAGACAUUUCAUCCAACAGGAUGACGGGAUGGAAAGGAGAGGAUGAUGGUGCAGAUUUGAACAGAGGAUGAUUGGAUACACACGCUGCCUUGCACCUGUGGCACAGGACACAAACAGAGAAUUUUAGGACACCAUGAUAGCACAAGUCCUGUUACUUGGUUAUGUAUGGGUAAUAUUUCCAGUAGUUAAUUUGUUUGUCUUGAUGGGGUCCUUUUUCUGUAUUGUAAAUAAAUAAUUUAUA